AUAAUAAACGACAGCGGGAUGUAGCAGUGUGUGUGUGUUUUUGUGUGUGAGUGUAAAACCGCGCAGAAGGGCGAGUCACGCCACUUAAGAGGGGUUCCCCUUACCGACAGUGUGCAGAGAGCGCACAGGCUGCCAGAGGCGUUCCUGAGCUCAGAGGAGACGAGACGGGACCCAGGGAGGAUCAGCAGUAUUUCCAGGGUCCCCGCUGACUGUGCGAGACUUUUCCCACAGUGAAAUGACCAGAUUUGAAUGCUGAGCUGAAGCGCAGUUCCGCUUGUCGUCGUGCGCCUCUACGGCAGGAUCUCAAAUGCCCAAAGAGUGCAGGAGAAAGUCCUCAAAGGACUUCGGGAUUUCUGUGACCGGACUAACCGAUGGAGGCCGUGUAGAGAGAAGGACUGCCGGGAGGUCCACCAAGAUCUGCGCAGAGCUCAUCCAGAAAGCCACCGCGCCGCCCGCGGCACCGGCGCGCAUGGAUGCGCCCAUGGUGCCGCAGGUCACCAUCACCCCGGAGGGAGGCGGCUCUUCCAGGGAGAUCCAGCAGGAAGACUUGGACUGUACUGGGGACGGAGCCCUGCGCAGAAAGCUGUCCAACUCCUCCAUCUCCUCCACAGGAUCCUCCGCGGUGGAGUCUGAGGAUGAUCUGCUGAGCGACACCGAGAGCAAGAGCAAAGGCCUGGUUACCCUGGAGCACCUGGUGUGCACAGGAGAGAGUAAGCCUUGGAGAAGGCUGAAGACCUACAUCCGCUGGCCCUUCCAUGCUUCCCAAAAGAAGAAACUAAGCUGGGUUCAGCUAGCUGGGCAUAAAGGCAACUUCAAAGCUGCAGAUGAGGGGACCAUUCUGAAAAAGUUGUCCGAAAACGAGAUGCAGUGUUUUGAGAAGCUGCGGCAAGACGUGCUGUUCCAGUUUGUACCGGAAUACCUUGGCGUUGUGGAAAAUGAUGGAGAGGCCUUCUUGCAGAUGACAGACUUGCUGGCUAACUUUGAUCAUCCCAACGUGAUGGAUUGUAAAAUGGGAGUGAGGACUUACCUAGAGGAGGAGCUUGUCAGAGCGAGGGAGCGACCCAAGCCUCGCGAGGACCUGUACAAGAAGAUGGUGGAGGUGGAUAAUGAAGGCCCAACUCCGCAGGAGCAUUUCCAGCGGGGCGUCACCAAACCUCGCUACAUGCAGUGGAGGGAAAGCAUGAGCUCCACCAACACGCUGGGCUUCAGGAUAGAGGGCAUCAAGAAAUAUGACGGUUCGUGUCGAACUGACUUCAAGAAAACCAGAUCGAAGCAGGAUGUCAUCCAGGUGUUCAAGAACUUUGUUGGAGGGGAUGCCGACAUCAUUAAGUCUUACCUGCUCAGGCUAAAGGAGAUCCGACAAGCCCUGCAAACAUCUGAAUUCUUCAAGCAACACGAGGUUAUUGGCAGCUCCCUCCUCUUUAUCCAUGACCAUACGGGCCAUGCAGAGAUCUGGAUUAUUGACUUUGGAAAGACCACAGCAUUGCCUGAGGGCCAGACUUUAAGUCAUGACAUUCCCUGGCAGGAGGGAAACCGAGAGGAUGGAUACUUGUGGGGCUUGGAUAACCUCAUCCUCACACUGGAGGCUGUAUGCAAUGAAGGGAGCAUAGAGGAAACUGAAGACAACAGCCUAACUACAGACAUACCCAACCAGUGACCUUUGAAGGUGGAGGGAACUUCAGAUAUCCACAAAAAGACCCUUGGGGUGGUGGUACGCACCUUCAUUUCUUUUGGGUGAAUUAUAAGUACAGAAAAAAAA